CACAACGCGAUUUCUCUGUGCAAUGGCGCCUCACUGCUGUGUUCCCCAAUGCACUUCAUCACACAGGAAAAAAUCAAACAGAGGACAAACGUUUCACCGUUUCCCCAAAGAUCAUGGACUACGUCGACAAUGGAUAAUAAACAUCAGAAGGGAUCCUGGUCGUAAUUUUAAGAUAAACGCAUACACAAAAGUGUGCUCGGAGCAUUUCCUCCCAGACUGCAUUGUGAAGAGCAAGACUGGCAUCACCAAGUUGAAACAGGGAGCUGUGCCAACUGUGUUUGCAUGGAGUUCUGUCAGACCAGAGAGGAGGAGUGUUGUUAGAACUGCAAGUAAUGUUUCCACGGAUCUCGAUGAUCGACAUGGUGUGAAUGUGUUGAGUGAAGAGACGCCCCCUCCGCACCCAGACCAUGAGUAUGCUGCACUGCCUCCCUCACUUCAAGAUCAACUUGAGGAAGCCCGCAAGACCAUCGGUGAUCAAGAACUUUUAAUUUUAGAGCUUCAACAAGAACGGUUUUUGAUUUCAAAUUUUCAAGGUGACGAUAAACAGAUUUCAUUUUAUACAGGGUUCCCAGAUUAUGAUACAUUUAAAGCUGUGUUUAUGGCCCUGCAACCUACUGCAGAAAAUAUGGUGGGAUGGAGUCAGGCUCAGCGACUUAAACAUACAAGUGGGGAGGUACUUCGUCAAGGCUUUAGCGCCUCUAAAUUGUCCACUAUGGACCAGUUUUUUCUUUUUCUUUGUAGGUUGAGGCAGGGAUUUCCUGAACAGGAUCUUGCAACCCGUUUCCAUGUAUCACAGUCAACAGUAAGCAGGAUCUGUGUGACCUGGGCCAAUUUUUUGUAUUUUAUGUUGGGAUCACUUCCAAUGUGGCCUUCAAGGAAAACUGUGGAUGAACUUAUGCCAGAUUGUUUUAAAUGCACGUUCCCAGCUACUAGAGUUGUAUUGGAUUGCACAGAAAUUCAUGUACAGAAACCUAGUUCCAAGGUCCUUAACUCAGCGAUUUAUUCACACUACAAAGGGAACACCACAUUUAAGGGCUUAAUAGGUAUUGCCCCCUCAGGUGAAGUGACUUUUGUCAGUGAUUUAUAUACAGGUUCAAUAUCUGACAAAGAAAUUACCAAAAAAUCAGGUAUUCUUUCUGUUCUUGAAGAAGGAGAUAUGGUAAUGGCCGAUAAAGGCUUUCUCAUUAAGGACCUUCUCUCUGAAAGACACGUCUCCCUUGUAGUCCCUCCUUUUUUAGGCCCAAGUGGACACUUCACUGCAGACGAAGUACGAAAGACUCAAGCGAUAGCAAGACUGCGAAUUCAUGUAGAGCGCGCUAUUAGGCGGAUUAAAGAGUACCAUAUUUUUGAUAAAGUCUUACCCAUGACACUGGUGGGCUCCGUUAACCAACUGUGGGCCGUCUGUGCCCUUUUAACUAAUUUUCAAGGUCCUCUCUUUUAAAAUUGUAAUGUUAAUGUAAAUAUCUACCAAUGUUAUGUAAAUCUCUACAACUGACAUCUUAAUAUCCACAAAUGUAUUCAAACCUUGAAUAGAAAGUGUUCA